CAUUCACACGGAACUUUCUCGACAUAAGACGUAACGCAGUACCUUCUCGCUCCUUCCCCACCCUCUCUCUCUUAUUAAUCUUUAUAUUCCCAACAGAACCUUCUAGAACCACCAUAAUCACAUUCUCUCUCCCUUUCUCUUUCUUCUCUUCUUCCUUCAUGGCUCCGCCACCGCCGGUGGAACACAACACCGACUCCACCACAGCUGCAGACUCUCAGAGAUCCAUUCCCACACCGUUUCUCACCAAAACAUACCAACUCGUAGACGACCAAUCCAUCGACGACGUUAUUUCAUGGAACGAGGACGGAUCCACCUUCAUCGUGUGGAACCCUACCGUCUUUGCCAAAGACCUGCUUCCUAAAUAUUUCAAACACAACAACUUCUCCAGCUUCGUUCGUCAACUCAACACUUACGGAUUUAGAAAAGUUGUGCCCGAUCGGUGGGAAUUCUCGAACGAAUGUUUCCGCAGAGGGGAGAAACGGCUUCUGUGCGAAAUUCAGCGGAGGAAGAUCUCGUUGUCUCCCUCGCCAUCUCCGUCGCCGACGGCGGCAGCUAUGGCGUCUGCAAUGGUUGCGGUUCCUACGCCGAUGCCGUUGACUACGAUACCGUCGGCGAUGCCGAUCAUAUCGCCGUCGAACUCCGGUGAGGAACAGGUUAUAUCGUCGAACUCGUCGCCGUCGCGAGCGCCGGCUGAGCUUCUCGACGAGAACGAGAGGUUGAGGAAGGAGAACCUUCAGCUAACCAAAGAGCUUGCUGAAAUGAGAUCGUUAUGCAACAAUAUAUAUACACUCAUGUCGAAUUAUGCGAACGCCAACAACCAAACGGACGGAGGCAGCGGCGGGGCGCAAGGGAGCAGAGAGUCCGGCAUGACGGCGGUAAAACCUCUUGAAUUGAUGCCGGUGAAACGGAGCUCCGGCGAGGGGGCGGCAGAGAUGGCGCCGGAGGAGAUGAAUCCGAAGCUGUUUGGGGUGGCCAUUGGAGCAAAGCGAGCGAGAGAGGGAGGAGGAAGUGGUAGUUGUGGUGGUGGUGGGGGUGCAGGAGGAGAGGAGGAUACGCUGUUGCGACUGCAUCAUUCGGGUUCUGUGGAUGUGAAAUCAGAGCCGUUAGAUUGCCAGAACCAUCACGACAAUCAUCAAACGCCGUGGUUGAAUCAGUGCAACAGAACCAAUCAGAGGGUGUGCAACUGACUCGUGGUGAUGAUUGGAUUAUGGAACAUUUUAGAUUAGAUACGUAUGGCAUAGGGAAUCCGAGACCGAGCACGCGGGGACGCACGUGAUAAUCUGUCACGUGUGUCGUUUAACCGUAUGGGACCGAUUCCCAGAAGCUUCUCAGAAGUCAGAAGAAAACUAUACUCUCUCUCUCGUCCUUUUGUCUUCGCUUUUCUUUUUGAAUAUUUUUUUGGCAUUAAAUUGGACUUGUGGACUGUAGAUUUGCCUUUGCUAGCAGUAGUGAUCAUAAUUUCAUUUAGUCCUAUUUUACUCCCCCGCCAAAAAAAUCAUGUGAAUUAUAUAGAUAACAGUAUAACUUCGUGCAUAGUGAUUUAUGUUUCCAUUUUUUUUUUUCUAUAGUCCAAAAUUUCAAGCUUAUUUUAUGAAUAUGACAAUCUCAUUGAAUAAUAUAUUAU